GUUCCGGAAGUUGCUUUCUGAGAGAGAGUGUGGAGCGGUGUGGUGCUUGUGAGCUUCCAGCAUGGCGUACCGGGGCCAGGGCCAGAAGGUGCAGAAGGUGAUGGUGCAGCCCAUCAAUCUCAUCUUCAGAUACUUGCAAAAUAGAUCGCGGAUUCAGGUGUGGCUUUAUGAGCAAGUGAAUAUGCGGAUAGAGGGCUGUAUCAUUGGUUUUGAUGAGUAUAUGAACCUCGUAUUAGAUGAUGCAGAAGAGAUUCAUUCUAAAACAAAGUCAAGAAAACAACUGGGUCGGAUCAUGCUAAAAGGAGAUAACAUUACUCUGCUCCAAAGUGUCUCCAACUAGAAGUGACAGAUGAAGUGAGAAAUUGUUUGGCAAUACCAAACAACUGGGUUUUUUAGGUGUCCUUUGUUAAGAGAUGUAGUUCUAAAACGUGUAUUCAUAUUGUUCUGCUCACCCUUAUGUUAUUACCAGAUGACAAUAAAUGCUGUGGGACUGUUUGUAUCAAAAUAUUUACCUUAUUUUUUCUAUCCAGUUACAGAGUUUUUACAUAAUGUCACUGUUAGUUGUUAGUGUUUAUUUUAAAGUUUUCUGAGGGAUGGCACUGGCCCUGAACAUUUGUUUUUCACAGAACUGGGAUUUGUAGAUCCUUAAGGCAAAGACAAGGAAUUCUACCUGAUGUGACUUCUGAUACUGGGUGGUGUAGCAAGGGAGCGUUCACAAAAGUAAAGAUUAUGGUGCUAAUGUAUGUUUUCAUCAUCAGUUCUAAUUCUGGAAGCUGGGACACCAGGGCUUCUAGCCACAUUAUGUUGAGAACAUUAUAAGGGCUCAGUAUCUGCUUAGCACUCUGUUAGAGUUACUGUGUGAGGUCUUUGUGUAUUCUUUUAUCACUAAGAUCAGGAUGUGAGGAAUAUUUGAGACAGAGAAUGAAGGUUUUAAUUAAAAAGGGGUUCUGUUAAGAGUUAACCAGAGGGAGACUUUGUGAGAUUGGUAAUCUGAAAAAGACCCACAGGAAACACUGGUUAACUACCGUUAGGCAGAAUAAUAGAAUGUUAAUUGAAGAAACACCUCUCAUACUCUUAUCUCCAAGGAUUUUGGUUCCUCCCCCAGUAAUUGCUUAUUUCCUAAUUAUGUCGUUAGUUCUCGCUUCCCCCAAUAUAUCAGGGUUGUUUGAUUAGAAUUCUUCUAUUAAAUGGUUAUUGAGCAUCUGCUAUUAGUUGAAUACAUACAGUGAAACAGACGCACAAACAUAGCCUCAAUACCAGGUACUAAGUAUUACUUACACCAGGUACUAAGUAUUAUUUAAGUUGAAUCUUGAAAGAUGAAUAAGACCUGCCUUAAAUUCUGAUAAUGGGCAGUGUUACUAAGGGUAGCUGAGGAAGAACCAAAAAGUCCAGUUCUUGUUUUUCCAAAUGCCUGUGAGGGUGAUAUAGAACUUUUCUUUAAACUGAGUAAAAGAAUCACUUUGUGAGGUAGAAAAGAUUUGUAGGUGAGUGUAGAAAUCAGUCCAACUUAGACCUUGGCAUUUUAGCUGUCCCACUCUAUUCAAAGUUGUGCCUUUUUGGUCAUGUUUUCUGAGUUAAGGGCUGGUUUCGCUCUUUUAACAUAUCUUAAGUUGGAAAUUCUGUUGAACCUGCUGUAGCAGGCAGAGGAAACCUCAAGCGGCAGAGGGCGUUGCAGCCCUGAGACUGCCUCAGCCUUUCUGGUGAAAAGCUUUUUGAGAGCAGAGCAAAAGACCUCCCUGCAGCUUUCUUGGCACCAAAAUAGCUGAGAAGAAGGAUAAAAGCUGGAGCAAUAUAAUCCCUAAGAAAACCUGCUGGCUGCUUUUUCUUUUCCCCAUGCUGCCUUUCUGACCUGCCCACCCUAUGUAAGCAAAGCUGUUCCUGCUGUGGCUUAUUCUGAAUGGCUCAAGACAUGGAAGUAUCUAUUUUUGACAGAGCAAAUGAUGAUAGUGAGAAAUAAAGGUACAGUGAACUCUUAAAAUUGAGCUCUGCAUUUAGAAGUCCCUGCUUGCGUUCCUGCUGUACUGGAACCUGUGGUGUUUGCUUUUUAAGUUGUACUUUUCCACAGCCUGCAGAUCUUUUCUUCCAACCAGAAUUUAUAUUAUAGAAGGCAUUGCUCUCUGUUUCAUUAAGGUUAUUUGUAUGUGCUGCCGGGAAUCUGCUCUUGGCAGCUCUUGGUAUUUGAGCAGUUAUUUUUCUGGAAUGGUUGGUUUCUGAAGGGGUGUUGCUAACCACUCAGCAACUCUCAUAAUAUUGUUUAAGUGAAGGAUGGGAGGAGAAUAGCCUCUGAGACAGGAAGUGCUGAUUCGGGCCUGGUGUUCUGUUAGUAGUAAGCAGGGGGAAAGAAGGGUCAGAACAGUUGGAAAACACUGGAAUUCUGUAUAUGCAGGCACUAGCUGUUCUUGAGUCACAUUUGUCAGGUUCAGGAUUAGAGAGUGGGUCUCUAAUUUGGACUAAGGCAUUACUGCCCAGGAAAUGCAACAGGCAUUAGGAAAGCCUAAUAGCACCGUCUCCUGUUAAUUGGUUGACCCAGGAUCUUUUUCCUUAUUAAUUAUUCCAUAAUUUAUUAUUCCUACUAGAACUAAUCAUAACCACAUAGGAAAAAGCAGAUCCAGGGAAAUUUUUAAAGCUUCAAACUGCACAGGAAGAUGCAGAGCAGAGAACAAAUCCCCCCUUCCCCAUCAGUGUUCAUGGAAAGCCACGGUUAGGGGUGGGAUGCCUUCGGGGCUCUUUUUUAAUAUGUAUAGCUUGGUUUCUCAUUUUGGUGUUUUUACUUUAAAAUUUCUUUUACUUAAAAAUUUUAGCUUUGGUAAAAUAUACACAUGCAAUAUUUGCUAUGUUAACCAUUUUAAAGUGUACAGCUCAGUAAUGUUAAGUAUAUUCACAUUGUUACACAGCCAAUAUUUGGAACUUUUUUUUAUCUUACAAACAUGAAACUAGACCCAUUAAACAAGAACUUGUCACCCCUCCCUCCCCUGAGCCCCUGGUGACCAUCAUUCUUUCUGUUUCUGAGUUUGAUUAGGUGCCUCAUAUAAAGAGAAUGUGUCAGGAUUUCCUUCCUUUCCAAGGAUGAAUAGUAUUGCCUGAAUGUAUACCUUCUUUUGUGAAUACGUUUACCUGUCAGUGGGCAUUUGGGUUGCUUCCACUUUUUUACUUACGCUGCUGUGCAUCUUGAGACUCCACUUUCAGUUCUUUUGAGCAUAUGCUUACAGUCUUUUUCGAGGUACCAUCAUACUAUUUUCACAGCAUCUUCACCAUUUUACUUUCUCAUAAUCUGCACAAAGGAUUCAGUUUGCUCACUUCCUUGGUAAGACAGCUUUUGAAUAGAGGAGUCUGGCUGUUUUGGCCAGGCAGGCGGUGUGAAGGGGAUGAAGCAGAGGAGUGGCCCCGAUGCUGGCCCGGCUGUGCAGGCGACUGUGUGACAGUCUUGCCCUUGGGGAUGCCCGCCGUGCUGCCCGUCUUAGGCGGGAUGGUCGGGUCCUGCAGGCGUCUUUGCCGCCUCAGGCUCCUCCUUGGGUGGUGCCGCCUUACAUAGGUGCUGUAGCAGGGAGCGCUGCUUCCUCGCCAGGCCUGGCUCAGCAGCUGCUGGGCCCUGCGCAGCUGUACCGGCUCCUCGUAGGGCAAAUUGCUAAAGGUCUGAUGCUUCUCCUCCACUUGCGCAACCUUGUGGAUUCUUAUAGAGGCAAAACUUGCUUUUGA